GCAAUCAGUCACUUGGCUUAUUUUCGCUGGGAAUGAUGUCCGCCAUGAUUUCGUUGGCUCUGCUCGCAUUGGUGCUCUGCCACGAGGGAUUAUCUCAACUCCUGGAUGAAAAGUGCGUCGGCCAGGCGGAGAUUGGCUCAAAAGUAAGCAGUGGGCACAGUGCUCCUUGGUUGGCAAGCAUAUACAACACCACGGGAUUUGUUUGCGCUGGAACACUUGUCCACAGACAAUUCGUCCUAACCGCAGCUCAUUGCAUUGAACAUCAGAAAACACUGUUUGUGCAUUUGGGAGAGAGCGACAGAUUGUGCCCUCAUUCGCAAUGCAGAGAAGUGGAAUCCUAUAAUGUGAAGGAGGCUAUAGUCCAUCGAAAUUUUACAGAUUUUACAAGUAACUUAGGUCUACUGAGAUUGGAAACUGCAGUAAGUUAUAGGGCUCAUAUCCUGCCAAUUUGCAUAACUUUGGAUGAUGGUAUAAGAACGGAGAAAGUCCCAACUUUGGAGGCCAUUGGGUGGGGUAAAUCGGAUUCCGGACUGCAGACUAGCUUUGUAACUCGGCGAACGUCGGAGGAAUGUCGACGAAGAGGUCUUAUUUGCACUGCUGAAGGAGUAGUCAACUCCGGAGGUCCGCUGGCGGUCAGUUUAAAUUACCGGGGGAGAAUGAUCACCGCACAGUUUGGGAUCAUGAGCUAUGACGGUUCAGUCCAUACAGAUGUGAUGGCCUUUAAGGACUGGAUAGGUAAUAUUGUGAGGGGUUUCGGAGCCAUAGAGGAGGAGGAGGGGCUUUUGUUCGAGCAGUGCACUAGCAAUUGGACCGGCGGAGUUGUUGUGCGCCUUUGGGAGGUGUCACUACUUCAGAACACUUUUACUGGCUCGCUAAUUACAGAUCGAUUUGUCAUAACUGUUGCCAGUGCCCUUCCCACAGAAGUCACACAAAUCAAAGUGGAAACAAGGUAUCAUCAGAGCUUUAAUGUUGAAUCCAUCCACAAGCAUCCACAAUUCACACAUUUAUCAGGAUCAAUGAAGAACAACAUUGCUUUGCUUAAACUUACUGAGAAGAUUCCAAAUUCAAAUCUUGUGAAACCGAUCUGCAUUGGAUUGAACCCAAAAAUCCCAAGGACAUUGACUGCACUUUUCGUUGCAAACAGAAAUAAUCAAAUCGGAGUUCGAAAAGUAAAUCUAAGUCGCAUCGACAGUUCCAUUUGCUCAAGAGUCAUUCGAGUUCCAGUUGAAUCUAAUCAAUUUUGUGUCGAGAAACCUAGCGAUUUUAUUUACGAGAAGCCUGGUUCAGUUCUAGGUUCAUUUCAAAAUGUCAAAGGUGUCGAUAGAUACCUUUUAGUUGGCCAAAUAAGCCUUGUUAGGAAUGGCCUAAUCGUUUUUACAAAUAUUAAAAGUUACAUCAACUGGAUAAAAGAAACGGUGAUUUAAAACCAAAAAAAUAUAACCCCUUUUGUUUGUUUUGAACCGUUAUCUCUAAUAAAAUUCAAUGGAAACAUA